AUGGAUGGGUCCAGCAAGGACCACACGAAUAUCAUUUCCGUUUCCUCUUCACUCCCUCAGCCUUCCUCUUACUCCAAUACUCUCUCAUCCUCUUGGACUGUUCCUCUCGCUCUUCCUUUGUCCAUUUUCUUCCUCGUCUCUCCAUCCCACCUACAAGAACCCCAACCCCUUUCAGAAUCGCUCCCGAUUGAACUUGUGAGAGUUUCUGCCUUCCCUGCCUUACUCCCAAAUCAAAAUGGCUACGGCUACCAUUUCCUUCCACCCAUACAGGAAGCCUUCGCAGUAAGAGCAGUCUUGUAGAGGCAGUUGAAUAUCAUCUUUAUCAAGGAUGUAUGUAGAUACCAAUGAUUUUAAAAACAACGGCAUAUGAUGCUGUGUGUUGUGGGAUUUCUCCAUCAUUCCUGGGCAGAAUAGUUAUCUUCACAAGCAGUCUUCCUUAUUUCCAUUCUCUACAUUGUUUUGAACUGUUACUUUUUCCUCUGGUAAUUACAUGUUUUAUAAGGAUUAAUAAAUUAUUAAAUAUUCUUAUUACACAUUAGAUCUAAUAUACUGCAGUGAAUGUGUUAAUUCCUGAAAUAUUAAUGUAAAUUCUCUGAAAAAAUUAAUGGUACGUGAAUCACAUGUUUUUUUAAUAAAAACAAAACUUCAACUUUUCAACAUAGUCUAAAGCCGAAAAUUACUUUUAAAUUAAUAAAGUUUUAUAAUGAUCCAGAAAUAAGAAAAAAAAAUUGUAUAAAUUGAGUAAAGUGAUUUUUCCAUGGAAUUAGAGAUGUUUAAAUGGAAUUGUUGUUAGAAAGUUAAUGGAAUUAAUUGUUGUGUAUUCAAAUAUUUUUUUACUUUCAUAAUAAUUAAUAAAAAAUGAUGAAAU